CUAGCAUUCCAUCCUGAUAUUCUAAACAGUAGUAUCCAAGUUUCAGAGAAACCAUGAAGAAUUUUAAGGCUUUCAGUUUGCUAGGGCUUCUGUUUGCCCUUGUUCUCAUCUCUUCCACUGUCACAGCUGACGAGAAACCCAAAGAGGAGGAUAAAGCUGUAGCAGGUGAUGUCGGAAAAAAAGGAUAUGGCGGCGGAGGCGGAGGUUGCGGCUGCUGCAAGAAAUACACGCACGUUUGCGGUCAGCAGUGUUGCUACCCUCAGAACGAAGGAACAGAAGCUGUAAGUGAGGCCGCCGCUGAUGCCAACCCUGAUGGAUAUGGCUGGGGUGGUGGAAAAGGCGGUGGCGGCUAUGGAGGGGGAAAAGGCGGUGGCGGCUAUGGAGGAGGCAAAGGCGGUGGCAAAGGGGGCGGUGGCGGCAAAGGCGGCGGUGGCUGGGGAGGAGGAGGCGGUACCUGAUCGAAGCCAGAGUAGUAGGCUUAUGGAAAAACUAUGUACAUAAAUAACAUGUCCGAUCAUAAAGCCGAUCAUCGAUCACAAAGCAUGUUUGGCAAAAACCUAGAGAGUAAAAGAACUAUAUAUGUACGUAAAUUUAGAAAAAUACGAGUAAGCUGGCUGCCUGGCUCCAUGACAAGCAUGCAUGCAAGGGAGCACGAAGAUGAAGGGUUAAAGAUCACCUGAAAGUAUUUGACCCUUAAAACCUAGCUAGUUAGGGAACUCCAAACUACAGAGGACAGCCCUCGUUGUCCCUGAAAUAUGUAAUCUCCUUUAUGCUUGUGAAACAGAAUCCAGCUACACUCUGUAAGCAUGAUGCAUACGUACGUGCAAUGUUAAUGUUAUGAAGCAUAUAUAUCCUAUCUGGUGUUCUUCUUCUCUGAUCAACCUGGCCAUUUUGUUACAUUACGAAAAUAUUUCUUUACCAAAAUCCCUUGUUUCAAUGCGAUCGACAUAACCCCUAGUCCUAGACAUCAUGUCUUAGCUAGCUGCAUGUCAACCCUCAUCAGGAAGUGCAGUACGUAGUAGUGGCACGAAUUAAGGAGGAGGCUGAAGCCCAAAAUCCUACAAACAGAUACAUUAGAAUCAAUAUAUUUGACGACUGGACUUGUCGACUCUAACCAGAUCAAGGAGUUGCAAUCUG